AUGAAAUUCCUCAUCUGUUUCGCACUCCUCUUCGCCGUCGCUCAGGCCAAUCCCGGUUUGGUGGCUCCUUUGACUUACUCCGCCGCUGCUGUGCCCGCCUACACCGCCUAUGCCGCCGCUCCUUAUGCCGCUUACUCCACCUAUGCUGCUCCUGCUGUCGCCACCUACUCACAUGCCGCUUACGCUGCCCCAGCUGUGGCCACUUACUCCCAUGUUGCUGCUCCUGCUGUCUACAGCGCUCCAGUUGCCCGUGUCGCUGCGGUAGCUCCAGUUGCUCCAGUCACCUACUCUGCUCCUUUGGUGUCCACUUUGUUGAAGAAGAAGUAA